AUGGGCCUCGAGGCGCGCUUGCCACCAAUCCAGCCGGAUGUGGACGCGUCAGACAAUGAGGCAUCAAACAGAGUAGAAGAUGUCGCGGAACUGCCAGUACUCACAACUUCACCGACAGCCCAUUCGGGAUGCUGUUUAGCUCUCAGCGAAACCCUCAUUGCCUACCUCGCCUCGCUCCUUCCUCAGCCUCCCGCGCUUGCUCUAUCCGUCGGAAGCGGCUUCGGCCUCCUCGAAAGCUAUCUCAUCACCAAACCCUACGCGUACCAUGUCAUUGGUGUUGAAGUAGAGCCGAGCUCGAACAGAUACUUGCCCUCUUCGAACCAUCGCGUCGUUCACGGCACGCGUUUUCUUGAGCCGCUCGCAGAGGAGGCUACGACAUGGCUUUUCGUAUACCCGCGACGCGUUGGGCUAGUACGCGAAUACCUUGCACAGUAUGGCCAGGACAGCGUGGACAGAGUGAUAUGGGCAGGCCCCAAAUCGGAUUGGGAUGACUACAAGGCAUGCUUUGCCGGAUGGACUGUGGAAGAGCAGAGCGCCGAGCAGAUCGGUGGAAGGGCAUGGGAACUGAUCGCCGUCGCACACAGGCCCACGUCAUGA